AUGACCACAAAGCAGGUUCUCCAUCGUAUCCGCCCUGGCGGAUUAUCCGAUGUCAGUGUUGCUACAAGGCUUUAUCUCCAGAGCUUCGACAAGGAGGCCCUGCUCGACUACAUGUUUCCUGACCGUCGCACCGAUCCAGCUCCCUUUCAGAAAUGGGUAGACCGACGCUUCUGGAUACGCUACUGGACGCCAGGCUAUGUUCUUACUAUGCUCGAUGAUGCUAAGGGUAAACCUGUGGCCUUCACCUGGUGGCAUAUUCCGGACGAGUCCUUAUCUUUUGCAGAUCGAUGGCUCUCACUUCAUGCCUGGGUUGCUCCGAUCAUGCGGGCGGUGUUACAGCUUCACCAUUACCUCUUCCCCCUUCGUACUUUUGAUGCUUAUCGUCUUGGUAUCUACGACCGUGUAUUCAGUACUAUCGAGCCAGAUAUCCUCAACUCUCAACGUCGUCGGUCUGCUUGGUACCUUUCUAGCCUUGGCGUCUCUCCCGAUGUCCAGGGCAGUGGCUACGGCUCGCUGCUGCUCCAGAACGGUUUGGAGGCGGCCGAUCGUGCAGGUGUUCCCACUUGGCUGGUGGGAUUGCGUGGACUUGACAAUUUUUACAAGCGUUAUGGCUUCGUCGAAGUGGCUAGGGCCAAUGUUGGAGAGUUAAAGGAUUGGGAUGGUGGUGUUGUCAUGUUCAGGGGGGAAUGA